CUUUCAAAAAUUUACACACACACACGCACAACACUGGCACAACAAAACCAAAACUCGUAGAUCCAAACCAACCGUUUAAACUUCCUUCUUAAGCCCUCACUUUUCACUGAUACUUUUUCAUUCUUCGAUUCUUCUAGAGCACAAACUCAGAGAGAGAGAGAGAGAGAGAUGGAGUCGGAUCUCUCGCUCUUGGAGAUCUCCGGCGAAGACGAUUCUCUACUGCUAGAGUUACCAAACGACGACGCUUCGAAGCUUAACAGCAACAACUAUUUCUUAUGCUCGCCUCUCCAAAUCCAUGGAUCUAAGCCUCCUCGUCCUCUUCGCUCCGCAAUUGCAAAGGGUAAAGUAGGCAAUGUAGAUACCGAAAAACCAAGCCCUUCAUUGCAAACAGAUGGUAUUAGCAAAGAGAACAUUAACGCGAACAAAGUAGAAAUGCCGAAACUCAAUAUGGAGCCACAGCAAAUGAAGAGGAAGAAAAAGGGUGGAGGAUACAAUUUGCGGAAAAGUUUAGCAUGGGAUCGGGCCUUUUUUACUGAAGAAGGUGUUUUGAAUCCGUCAGAGCUAUCUAUGAUUUGUGGAAGUUUUAGUAAGGUUGAUGGGGGGAUGUUGCCAAUUAUCCCCGAAGAAGGGAGAGAAUCGUUGUCUGGUGCAUCGGAUGGCACCCAUAAUGCAGCAGAUUUGCAAUCACUGGAAGUAGAUUUAUUCAAGGAAUUGCCAACUUCUGUGAAGAAAGAUGGAAAGAGUGGUUCUCGCUUGUUGCCGAAGCAUGGUUCACCAGCUAGAGAUAAUGUGGCCCCAGCUUCUGCGGCCAAGAGAAAGGUUCUUGCAACCAGCGAUGUAAAUAGAAGUGGGUCUAAACGCGGUGGAUGCCCACGACCAGUGGCUGCAUCUUCAUAUCCUUGCUAAUAGAAGAUUUGAUGG